AUGGAAUCCGAUCCACCACCACCAUCAUAUACUUUACAUGCCAUUGAUACCAAACCUCAAUCAAGACCAAAAAUUAGAUCAUUACUAGAUCCAAUAGAAGCAACAACUAUUAGGAACAACAAUGAACGAACAAUUAUAUUCAAAAAUAGAGCCAUGUUUGACGGAUAUAGAAUAUUUCUUUCUGAAGAUGCUUGUGAGAAAUAUGAAACAUUUAAAGUAGGUUGUUAUAAUCGAACAAUUGACAAGCUUAUGCAACAAGGAUUUUGUAUUCCUAUCUUUAAUGUAGUUGCUCCUUAUAUGUCAAAUGAUGGACCAUUCUUAUCUUUUAAAAGAUACGUACCUACCAUGAAUCAUGAAUUUGAUAUAGAUAAGGAUUAUUUUGAAUUUUGUACUGUUAAACAGAAAAGAUAUGUGGACUAUAUCACUUAUACGUUUAAAUUUAUGCCAAAUCCAAAUGAUAAAACUUCAGAUUUUACUAUAUUUAUGAUUUCUCAUCCAAGGUAUGCAAUUCAUGAUUAUAUCUAUAGAGAUGAGAGACAUAGAUGGUUUUAUGAAGUAUCAGAAUUCAAGGUAAAUAAUUCAUCUGGGAUUGAAGCAUGA